CUGGCGGCGGCGGCGGCGGAUGGUCGCGCGCGGUGUGCAGGAGCCGCGGCUGCUGCCCGCUGCGGCUUUGAUGCCCGGGUGGUGCAGGUGCAGGUGCGCCGCUGAUAAUGUGAGCGGCGCUGGGCGGCAGCAGUAACAACAACAGCAGCAGCAGCAGCAGCAGCAAGCGCACACUGUGCCGAAGGAAAUACACGCAACUCUGCCAGUGUGUGUACGCCGGUAACGUAGCAACGAGAGGACGCCGGAAACCCAGAACCCACAGCCUGCUUCCAUCCUGAUAACGGGAGGACAUGACCGAAAUCAGCAAACGACUGAGCAAGAACACACCGCUCUCCGCAUUAUCUGCCUUCAGCUUCAUCCCGGAGAGGAGAGAGUCCAAUGAGAUCACGUACUUCGGUAAUCAGAAAAAAGAAGUAUCCAUACUGCUUUAUGAUCGGGUUUUUCAAGUGCAACAAGGAUAUAAUAACAAAAUUCAUCGUGACGAUCGAGAAAACAGCGGGAGCCACGGACUUCAUGUGAAUGCUGAGGAGAAAGUACGAAUAGUUCCAGUCUUAACAUCAUCAUUCUACGGUAAACGCCCCCAACUUGAGCCAACAAAUCGGAAUUUUGUCAGAGUUGCCCAUGUGCAAGCAGAAUUUUACAGAAGAAAUGGCAUUACUAACUAUUUGGAAGAGAAUGAAAAAUUAUGAAAAUAGAUAGGAAUAACAUGUAAUUAUUGCUUCAAUACCGCUGGAAUUUGAAAUAAAUGAACAUUUCCCUUUUUUAUUGAAGAGAAUUCUUAAUUUAAAACUGGAACUUCUUCAAGCUUGAUUGGGAAUGUUCUUCAUGCAUGUUAACUAUAUCUGGCCAUGGUGAAGACUAUUUGAUACACUUAUCCAUCAAUAGAUCUAUGAGAAACUAGUCCCCUUUGGUUUUUAGCACUGAAUACUGAUACUAUUAGAAAUCACAGAAGUCUCUUUAAAGCUGAGUGCUACCUAUUGCAUCAUGAUUCCAACUCAUUGAGUUCCAGUGCUUUCAUUUGAAUCUUGAUUAAUAGAUUUGUAAAUUGAAGGAAUUUGAAAAGAGAAAUUGUACGUGGGUUGCUAGGAAUGAAUUAUGAAAGGUUUUGCUAUUGUUAAUUUUUGAAAUUUGAGCUGAAGCAUGAACCAUUAUGACAUUUUGAACCUAAUAAGAAAUUAGUCGGAGGCAGGGUUGACUUGUGAGUUAUGUUUCAGUGAUUGCACCUCGCCUCUGUGUUCAAAUUCCACUUCAGAGACUUCCAAGUUCAACAGUACCACACUCCUUCCAUGCUAUAUAGAUAACAAAGUAUUAGAAUAAAUAUUUGAGUCUGAACAUAAAACAUCAAAUGGAGUCUGUUCUUUUGAAGACAGGUGAUUUUUUUUUAACCUGUCUAUUGCCUUGCGUCUUGGUAGACUGUGCCAACACGUUGUGACUUUCCUCAAGCAUGUCUCUCUUCAAUGAGGAUUCAUGAAAUCCGAGUUUCAUACCUUUGUAGUCAAGGCUGUCAUGUGCAGUCUCCUCUUGAUUCUAAGUAAAGUAUUUAAAAACUUUUGCUAUUCUGAA